AUGCGCAUGAGAGUACAUCCUACAUUCCCAGUACGAACAAGGUUUGCACCUUCUCCUACAGGGGUUAUACAUUUGGGAUCAAUACGAACAGCUCUUUACAACUAUUUACUUGCUAAAAAUACCGGAGGCAGUUUCAUUUUAAGGAUUGAAGAUACUGACCAGAAGAGAAAGAUCAAAGGGUCAGAAGAGAAUAUCUAUCAAUCAUUGAAAUGGUGUGGGUUGAUUCCUGAUGAAAGUCCCAUGAUAGGAGGUCCUUAUGGUCCUUAUAAACAGAGUGAAAGGAAAGAUAUUUAUAAGAAAUAUGCUGAGAUUUUGGUGGAUAAGGGAUUGGCUUAUUAUUGUGGAUGUUCCAAAGAUAGACUUAAUGAUCUUAGACAAAGUGCUAUGAAGUUAAAACCACCAACCACCGUAACUUAUGAUAGGAAAUGUUUCGAUAAACCCCUGGAUAAGUCCUUGGGUGGGAUCAUUCGUUUCAAAUCUCCUGUAACUUAUCCUUCCAUUACUGACCUCAUUCAUGGUACUAAAAAUAUUCAACCCCAGUAUAAUGUUGAUGACAGAAGAUAUGAUGAUUUUGUGAUCAUGAAAUCCGAUGGGUUGCCAACCUACCAUUUCGCCAAUGUCGUGGAUGAUCAUCUCAUGAAAAUAACUCAUGUUAUACGAGGAGAAGAAUGGUUAUCAUCCACUCCAAAACACGUAGCUCUUUAUGAAGCAUUUGGAUGGGAACCUCCACAAUUUGUUCACAUUCCUUUACUUACGUCUUUAAGUGAUAAGAAAUUGAGUAAACGAGAUGGAGACGAUGGGAUUUUAUCAUUACGUGAUACCUACCUUCCCUCAGCAUUAAUAAAUUUCAUCGCCUUAUUUGGAUGGGCUCCUGCUAGAGAUUCUGGCCAGAGUUUCGAUGAGACCAUGGACUUGAACACUUUGAUUGAAAGAUUCUCUCUUGAUCAUUUGACUCGUGGUAAUGCCAAAGUUAGUAAGGACAAGUUAGGAUAUUUCAACAAACGUCAUCUUCAGUCGUUAGAUGAUAAAGAGUUCACCAAGCUCUGCGAAGAUGUCAAAUCUAAGUACUCGUUACAAGGAGAAGUGGGGGAUUUCUUAAAGAAGAUUCUUCCUCAUAUCACUACUUUAGAUGAAAUAUCUAAUUAUACCCAUUUAUUUAAACCCAUAUAUACAUCUGAUGUCCCUGAAAAUUGCAGGGAAGUCUUGUUGAAGAUUUUGAACGAUGAAAAGUUCGGUCUUGACGAUAUGUUAAAGAUUUCUUCCAAAAAAGAUGUUUUUAAAUCUUUAAGAUACGCAUUGACGGGUUUACCCAAAGGUCUUAAAGUCCCGGAGAUUGUUGAUUUGUUAGGACCCCAGGAAAUCGAAAAAAGAAUUAACAAUGCCAUUCAUUAUAUAGAUAACUUGUAA